GGCUGCCUGUCGUGUAGUAUGGAGAACGACGAGUUGACACCGCCGACGUCCGCAACGACGCCAAGCGCAUUUCGAGCAUGGGUGGAACAAGAAGCUCUCAUGAUCAUUGGUGGACUGGCAGCCACGGGGGUCAUCAGCGGCGGGUUUGUCAUGGGUCUGCAACGCAGGAAAGCCCGCGAACUCCAUGAACUGGAGCGUGAACGAUUGCGCAAGAAGGGCUCGAAGUUCGUACUAGCGGAGCCAGUUGCGCGGAAGAAGCUCCCAACGAGUAUCACGUGGUGGGAGCGAGCGAUUGGCGUGAAGUCGACGCAAAUGUCACCUGGUGCUGCCGCCCGAAGCGCCCUCCUUGGCGGGACGAUCUUAGCUACAGCCGGGACUGGAGUCAUCGUACUUGGCAUUGCAGCGGCAACUGGGGUGUCGAGCUUCAGCGAUUUCCAUGCUAAGAUGAGUGUCGUCGUGCCUCGUUUCCGCAAAAACGUGGCCAACUUCUUUGGCAUUGUGCCUAAGGAAGGACCGUCCUUGGAGCAACUCGAACAGGAGCGCCAAGACAUGGCUCUCCUCGCCACCCUAUUCUCGGACGACGACCAGCAGGGUUGACCAUGGUUGAAUUCAACUUAUCCUUGUCUGCAUGAGAUCUGGUCGCAUGCGAGAAGGUGAACGUCUACUUGGUGUUAGACACGGCGGAAGAAGAGACCGUUGUUUUGAGUGACGCCGCGCGCUUGGUCGACGUCCCGCAUGCGGAAAAAGUUGGCCUUCGACAGGGCUUCCGCCCCCGCCUUGGACUUGGCGUUCGACUCGGCAAACCCUUCCAUGUCGACAUUGUGUCUCUCGACGACCUUCGAGUCGGCGCGCUUGUGGGCGUCGCUCUCGCGGCCUUGGCUCGCUGCAUGGAGUGCGUCCGCCUUGUUGAGCGCAUCCACCGACUGCUUGGCGGUGUUGAACCCGGACGGAGGAAUGGCGUCGGCGGCGUACAACCCUCCCCCGCACUUGCUGCCCCAGCACUCCAAGUCGUCCAACCGGCGGCCAAAGAACACGGCGCCCUUGGCAAUUUGGUUGGCGUCGUACUUUUGGACCGCGUUCUUCUUGGCGAUGGCGUCGGAAAAGCCUCGGUCGUUCGCGACCGCGCUCGCUUUGUUUUUGGUAAACACCACGUCUUCACGCAAGCCUUGGUUGCCGGCGCUGCUGGCGACGUGGUUGGAAAAGUGGUUGGUCGCCAACUCUUCCUCGUUGACCUUGUCGGCCGCGUUUGCGUUGGCCUUGACGAAAUACGCCGUGCCAGGAGGACCG